GGCCGGGCCGGGCUGCAGCGAGCCCAGCACGAGCCGGGCUGGGAUUUGGCCACCCUGGAUCCGGGGCAUGGGCCCACGGGGGACUGGUGGCCACAGCCCCCGGGGCUCGGGCGCUCGCCCGGUGCCCGCGCCGCGGGGCUGGAGGUGAGCGGCUCUGUCCUCGCCUGCCGGACAGGGAUGGCGCUGGGACCCUCGUGGGGCGCACCCCCGGCGCCCCCCGCCAUGCCCGCCGCCCUGGGGCUGCUCUGCGGGGUGCUGGUGCCCGCUGCCCUGCUCUGCGCAGAGCCCCUGCCCCGCCUCGCCUUCCCCCGCGGGGACCCCCGGAGGACCCUCACCCACUUCAGCCAGGAGAACGUCUCCCAUUACGACAUCUUCCUGCUGGACGAGAGCAAGGAGGAGCUGUACGUGGGGGCACGAGACUGGGUGCUGGCCCUCGCUGUGGGCACCCCUGGCAGCAUCCGUGCCAAGGCCUCGAUAAUGUGGGGACCCACAGAGGAGAAAACCUCUGAAUGUGCUUUUAAGAAGAAGAGCCAAGAGACUGAGUGCUUCAACUUUAUCCGAGUGCUGGUGGCCCUGAACCAGACCCACCUCUACGUCUGUGGGACCUACGCCUUCAGCCCUGCCUGCACCUACAUUGCCCUGGAAAACUUCACACUGGUGUCCAGUGGCAGAGGACAGCCCUUCCUGGACGGGAAGGGCCAGUGCCCCUUUGACCCCCAGCACACCUACACGGCCCUGCUGGUGGAUGGAGAGCUCUACGCCGGCACCAUGAACAACUUCCAGGGCAACGAGCCCAUCAUCUCCCGCUCGCUGGGCACCCGCACGCUGCUCAAGACCGACGCCUUCCUGCGCUGGCUCUCGGCCGACGCUGCCUUCGUGGCCUCCUUCAGCAUCCCUGGGGACGACAAGGUCUACUUCUUCUUCGAGGAGACGGCGGACGAGUUCGACUUCUUUGAGCGGCUGCUGGUGCCGCGGGUGGCCCGUGUCUGCAAGAGCGAUGUAGGGGGGGACAAGGUGCUGCAGAAGAAGUGGACAACGUUCCUGAAGGCGCAGCUGGUGUGCUCCCAGGCCGGCCGCUUCCCCUUCAACGUCAUCCACCACGCCUUCGCCCUGCUCCGCCACGACGGCCGCGCCGACUUCUACGCCGUCUUCACCUCGCAGUGGCAGGUGGGCAGGGCGGGCAGCGCCGCCGUCUGUGCCUACAGCCAGGAGGAUCUGGAGAAGGUCUUCGAGGGCAAGUUCAAGGAGCUGAACAAGGAGAGCUCUCGCUGGACUGUCUACAGCGGCCCUGACAUGCACCCCCGGCCCGGCAGCUGCUUCAUGGGUCCCUCCUCGGACAAAGUCCUCUCCUUCAUGAAGGACCAUUUCCUGAUGGACGGGAAGGUGUCACCCAUCCAGGGGCGGCCUCUCCUGGUGAAGUCGGACGUCACCUACACACACAUCACAGUGGAUGAGACUCGGGGGGUCUCGGGAACCAUGUACCGUGUCAUGUUCCUGGCCACAGAUGAGGGUCUCCUGCACAAGGCAGUGGAGCUGCCUGGGGGUUCCCACAUCGUGGAGAGCAUCCAGCUCUUUGCGGUGCCACAGCCCGUGAAGAACCUGCUGCUGGCCCCGGGGAAGGGCGUCCUCUAUGUGGGCUACUCCAGAGGAGUCCUGCAGAUCCCGCUGGCCAACUGCACCUUGCACCGGAGCUGCGCCGAGUGCGUGCUGGCACGGGACCCUUACUGCGCCUGGCACAGCCUGGAGGGCUCCUGCCAGCCCGCCCACCUCGCUGCCCAGGACGGGAACGCGUGGCUGCAGGAUGUUGAGACAGGGAAUCCAGUCACCACGUGCCACCGCGGGAGGAGCGCAGCCGUGCCCCGAUCCCGGGGGGCACCGGAGGAUCCCUCCGUACAGAGGCUCAGCCCCCCGCUGAACACCGUGGUCCAGCUGCCGUGCCCCCGGCAAUCCGCCCUGGCCACCUACAGCUGGCAGCAGCGCAGCAGCGCCCGCGGGCACACGGUGCUGCUGCCGGACCACACGCUGGUGGUCGUCAUGCAGCAGGGAACGGCCGGCACCUACACGUGCCAGGCGACCGAGAACGGCUACACCUGGACCGUGGCUCGCUACCAGCUCGGGGACGCCGCCCCGGGGGACGCGCUGGCUGAGGAGGACGUGGUCUGGGAGUCCUCGAGCCUCGGCGCCCCCCGCUCCUACUGGGCCGGGUUCGUGGCCGUGACGGUGCUGCUGGCCGUGACGCUGACCGCGGCUGCCUGCCUGGCUCUCCUCGCCUAUCGCGACCAGCUCAAAGCCCGCAGCAAGGUGCGCGGCUGCGGCGCGCCCCACAGCCCCCCGUCCCGAAUGGGCUCUGAGAGCAGCAGGGUAAUUCCGCAAGAUGAAAAACAGAAGAAGUGGGAAGCCUGA